AAUAAUAGCAAAAUCCCCUCCCACCCCCGCCUUCUCUCUGGAAGCUUCCUCCUGCUCUUCGCCAUGGCCGGCGGCGGGAACCUGUUCGGGAGGGUGCUCAGCUACGUCGUCAACGAGUUCAUCGUCGAGGGGCUCGCCAACAAGUCAACCAACUUUUAUCUCCGCCGCCUCCACCUCCCCCGGUGUAGCAGAAUUCUCUUCCCUGUGCCAUGGCCUGUGGUCCUGGUGGCAACCUGUUCGGAAGGGUGCUCGGCUACGUCCUCAACGAGAUCCUCGUCCAGGUGCUCGCCAACAACCGUACCUUCCAGAGAUUUGCUGUGAGGACCAACAAGUCUCUUGAGAAUCUAUCGUCCAAAGCUAAAGAAGUGAGGGAGGAGCUAUCGGAGCAAUGGAGGAAUUCUCGUGGCAAUGAUGAUCAUUUCAGGCAGUGAAGCUGGUCAUUUUAUGAGGACUAUGAAGUCGUUGCUAACUGUACAAUCUUGCUAUCGGCUUUCCUAGUGCUAUGAUUGCUAUUUUUCUAUAUUGUCGCAUGGAAGAAACCAUUGUAUAGAAACCAUGUGAUCUCAAUUUUUGUGAACUUGAUAAGUAGAAAUCAGACCACUUUCAUGUCGUACUUCCCUAUUAUCUUCCGAGUAUACUUUGUAAUGGAGAAAUCCUGCAUAAGUUAACUCUUGAUGAUGACGGAAUGAUAGACCCGCAUUUAAACGUUC